AUGGCUCAGCCGUUCCCGUACACGUACUACGCGUGCGACUGCUACGACAGCAACACGUCGACAUCGGCCCAACGCGCCUCGCACAUGGUCGCCGAGGCAGACGAAGAGGACGGCACCUUUGACCCCCGAAACCCGCGAUCGAACUACGCCUUGUAUCCGCUCGAGCACCUGCUGUAUUGCGAAGACUGCCAGCAAAUACGCUGCCCGCGCUGCGUCAUAGAGGAGACGCUGAACUGGUACUGCCCAAGCUGCCUGUUCGAGGUGCCCAGCUCCGUGGUCAAGAGCGAUGGGAACCGAUGCACGAGGAAUUGCUUCAACUGCCCUGUGUGCAUAUCGCCCUUGACAGUAAACUCAAUCGAGAACCCGGAUGCGCCCUCGGCUACCGGCGGACCAUAUAUCCUGGCGUGCCCGUACUGCCACUGGAGCACCAUCGAGACAGGCAUCGAGUUCGACAAGCAUACAGGCGUCUACGGCCAGCUGGCCCGCAUAGCAAAUGGCGGCAAGCCCCUGCCCACACAGAGGGAGCGCGACAAGGAGCGCGAGCGCCGGAAAGAGAUGCAGGCCAGGCAACGCGACUCAAGGAUUCUGCUUUCACUAUCCGAGGACUCUCCAACAUCCGAUGCAGACAAGUUCAGCUCCACCCCCAGCCGGGAAGACCUGUUCGCCAACUUGAGCGCUUUCUACAAGUCGCAACUCGAGGCCCAGACGCCAUCAAAUCCCUUUUCAGCGCAUGACCUCAACUUCUCCUCACCGUCCGCCUACUCUCGAAUCAUGAACCUGUACUCGUCUGCAGGUGCCAAGAAGCAGAAACGGGCAAAGCCAACACCGAUGCGAGAGGCUGCAUCAGAGCUCGAGGGCUUGGCCGUGUACGAUAUGGCCUCAGACAAUGCCGCUAUAGAGCGCAUAAAGAGGGACGGAUGGGGCACCACGCUCUCGCAGACUCAGAAGCUGGCCCAAAUCGACCCAAAUGUACAGUUCGAUGAUCACCUGCGGCCGAUUGCAACACUACUCUGCACGAAGCGUUCCAAGCGAUGUCGCUCAUGCAGACACAUCCUGUCAAAGCCCGAAUCAAAGAUCACAUCUACUCGCUACAAGAUCAAGAUCCUGGCUUUGAGCCACAUCCCCCGUCUGAGUAUCCGCGCGUUACCAAACGCCUCCGCGCCUUCCGUUGCACCAACACCUGGGUCGUCGUCAACAGGACAGACACCAUUCAAUUACAACCACCUACGCUCUGGCAUUGCAUCUCACUUCCUGCUGCAACUCAGUAACCCACUGUUUGACACCAUUCGUGUCACGUUAGCGACACCAAGUACUACACCUGGCAAAGUCCAAAGUCGCGUCACAAUCCUCUGCCCGCAGUUCGAAGUCGGUGCCAACACCGACGUAUGGGACGAUGCGCUCUCCACUUCUGUACCUUCUGCAAGUCGCGGAUCCGCCGCCGACGGCCAAAUAGAGGCCGGCAAAGUCUGGGACCGCGGUCGCAACUGGACCAGCGUGGUUAUCGAAGUAGUGCCUGGCUUCCUGCACCCAAUUUCCGGCUUCGGUCAGGCGCCUGAGGAGCUUGAUGAAGAUGAAGAUUUGCUUGAGAUACCUAUAUUCGUAAGACUUGAGUUUGAGACGGAAGCGAAUGCCGAGGACAGAGGGCUGGGUGAUUCACGGGGUUCAAAGGGCGAGAAGGAGCGAAGGGAAGAGGCGUUCUGGACGGUGAUUGGGGCAGGGCGGAUCGCGCCGAUAACCGAUCUGCGACUGCACGACUCACCUGCUCUCAAAGCUGCCUUGGACUUGAAGCCAGAAUGCCUAUACCCCAUAUGGACCUGGGAUCCGCACUACGUCUAUCGUGCUCGUGUCGGAUCCAAUCGCUGGCAAUAUCUCAUCGACUGCCAGAACGAUCUUUCGCAGUCAAUAACAAAGCUGAACCCAAAGUCGAAAUUGUUCCUCAUCCGAGAAGCGCCUCAGACCUUAUUUCCGAAGCUCUUCAAAGCAUGGAAGAUCACGCAUCUAGUUUUCGAAAAAGACACGGAUGCGUACGCAAGAGAGCGGGAUGAGAAGGUCAUGGAGAUUGCGAAAGAGGCAGGUGUGGAAGUCGUUAUCAAGGUUGGACGGACGCUGUAUGAUCCUGAUGAGUUAGUCAAGGAGAACAACGGGAAACCAACUAUGAGCAUUACUCAAGUUCAAAACGCUGGCAAGAAGAUUGGGGCGAUUCCAAGACCGAUACCUGCGCCCAAGACACUCCCGGACCCAGGCAAGACCGACUUCAACUUUGACCAGGAAAAGCCGGCCCAGGAUCCUGACAUCAACGCUGUCCAACGUGACGGAGACGAGGCGUCCUACUCCACUCUCGCAGGCCCCAAUGGUGACUUCGCCGUGCCCACAAUGCAAGAGCUGGGCCUGAAAGAAGCCACAACCCAACACCGCGGCGGCGAAACCCUCGCCCUCAAAACGCUCGACGAAACCAUCGCCAACUCAGAAUACACUGCAACCUUCGAAAAGCCCAAAACCGCCCCCACAGCCUUCUCCCCCCAAUCCACCACCCUCCUCUCCCCACAUCUGCACUUCGGCUCCCUCAGCGUCCGCGAAUUCUACUGGCGCGUCCAAGACAUUGUGACAUCGUUUAAAGGCAAGGCUUCGCAGCCCCCGGCCUCCUUGACUGGCCAGUUGCUCUUUCGCGACAUGUACUUCGGCGCGCAGGCCGCGCUGGGCUAUUCCUUCGGGCAAACAUACAAUAACCCAGCCUGCCGCUUUAUCCCCUGGCACCUGCCAUCUGCCAUUGAUCCCGCCACGAAUCUCAUCACAGGCAAAUACCUCGUCGACUCUGCGCUCGCCGAGUCGCACUUCCAACGCUGGAAACACGGCCGCACCGGCUUUCCCUGGAUCGACGCCCUGAUGCGCCAACUCGCGCGCGAAGGCUGGAUCCACCACCUCGGCCGGCACGCCGUCGCGUGUUUCCUGACGCGCGGCGGGUGCUACAUCGACUGGGAGCGCGGCGCCGAGGUCUUCGAGGAGUUCCUGAUCGACCACGAGUCCGCGUGUAACAUUGGAAACUGGCAAUGGCUCUCGUGCACGGCGUUUUUCGCCCAGUUUUUUCGCUGCUACAGCCCUGUCGCCUUCCCCGCCAAGUGGGAUAAAAACGGCGAUUUCGUGCGCAGAUACGUGCCUGAACUAGCUCACUUUGACAAGAAGUUCAUAUACGAGCCGUGGAAGGCGCCCAUUGCGGAUCAGAAGAAGUGGGGGUGUAGGAUUGUGGAAUCUGUUGAUGGAUAUGUGCAGGAGGGCGAGUAUCCGAAACCCAUGCUGGAUUUCAACGAGAGGAGGGACACGUGCAUCCAGGCGAUGAAGAACGCGUAUCGUGUGGGGCUGUAUGGAAAUGAUCCCAAGGUGCUGGAUGGGAGUUGGAGGAAGCUUUUUGAGGAUGGGGCGGAGGGGCCGACGGAGGGAACGCAGGGGCCGCCGGGGGCGAUGGUGGAGCAUGAGGAUGUGGAUGGGGAGGAGCAUGAUGCGCCUGAACCGUUGAGUCCGAAGGAUGCAAAGAAGGUGGCGGCGAAGAGUGAGAAGAAGGUUGCGCCGAAGAGCGAGAAGAAGGCGGCGCCAGGGCAUAAAAGAGAAGCAAGUCAGAGUACGUUGGAUGGUAUGGUGACGAGGAAGAAGGGGAAGAAAGAAGAAGUGUUUCCAAACGAUACGCAUUUUGGCUGA